UCCUGAAAUCGAACCAGCGACCUUCAGGUUCGGCGUCUUCUGGAGGAGCGCAUCAACAUUUAAGUUCACAGUGUACUGGGUGGCCGCCACGAUGAACUCUACGGUCAACGACGCAGCACCGAGAGAAGCGAUGUCUUAUGACGAGAGAAGCGUGAAGGAUGAGCCUGCAGAAGAGUCUCCAACAGCCGCAGUGAAGUGGUGGCGCAUCCGGCCAACGGUGGAGCCGCUGGUGCUGCUGUUCAUGUUCUCCUACCAGCUGACGCACUCGGUGGUUAACGGGCUCUUCCUGGAGCGCGUGUGUGGCUCCAGUGACCCCAACGUGUGCACCAACGAGGACCGCACCUACUCCAGCACACUCAACACCUGGAGAGGCAUCAUCGAGGCCACCGUGCCCGCCAUUGUGUCGCUCUUCGUUGUCAGCUGGAGCGACAAGUUUGGACGGCGACCCAUCUUCAUCUGGUCCUUUGCCGGGAACGCCAUCACGUACGGCGUGUUCUCCGUGCUGUCUGCGAUUCCAGGCCUAGCGCCGGAGUGGUUGCUCAUGCCGUCCAUAGCGGCCACCUUCAGCGGCGGCCUGUUGAUCCUCAUGGCUGUUGCCAAUGUCUACAUCGCCGACGUCAGCCCUGUGGGGCAGAAGGAGCUCAGACUGGGUAUAGUGGACGUCUCGAUGUACUCGGCCCAGAUGCUGGCGUCAGCGCUGUCCUCGCCGCUGUUCGUGGCCCUCAACUACUACGGGGUGUUCGCGCUGGCCGCCGGCCUCAUGCUGCUGUGUCUGCUCUACUCCAUCUUCCUUCUGCCGGAGACCACUGCGCCCUAUACGCCGCCUGAAGACGAGAGCUGCGGCUGCUGCAAGGGGAUCUUCCGCCCACAGCUGGUGAUCAACGCGCUCAAGACGUCUGUGAUGAAGCGGCCUCAUCACGGACGCACAGUCGUCCUCACACUCGUCUUCGUGGCCGUCACUGGUACCGUCAUUGCCCAAGGAGAAGGCGCAGUCAACUACCCGUUCGUGAACGGAAAGUUCCAUUGGUCCUUGGACACGUACCUUCUCUACGGAUUCUUUACCAACGGCACCACUGCUGUAGGUACCAUGGUGGGCGUGAUGCUGUUUGUAAGGUGGCUGAAACUGGCCGAUGGCUGGGUAGCCCUCAACACCUUCUCCUGCAAGAUCGCUGCCUCCAUAAUUUAUGCCAUAUCACCAGAGUGGUGGUACAUGUACCUGGGCGGAGCUAUAAGUUGCUUCGGAGCCUUGAUCUGGGUUCAGGUCAAGGCAAUGUUGACGAAGUUGGUCGCCAAGGACGAGAUAGGCCAGGUGUUCGCGCUGGCGGUGACCUUGGAGGCUUUGGCCCCGCUGGUGGGGCCUCCCAUCUACAACGCCAUCUUCACGGCGUCCAUCGAUUACUUCCCUGGAGCUUUCCACUUGUUGUCCGUCGGGAUCAUGGUACUCGACCUUGCCGUGCUGUUGUUUGCCAUUUAUCUAAACCGAGGGGCGAAGAAGGAGCCGCAGCAGCGGCAACAAGAGGAGGCGUCCCCACUGCCUGCCUGAGGAGCCACAGCACAUCUCCGGAAACUAGCACAAGGGUAGAAGAGUCAUGGAUUCCACCAAGCAAGGCAGAGUACUGAAGGGAGCUGACAACACCUAGAUUGCUUUAAACUCACGUAGUGAAGACAUUGGGAUCUGUUGACCCCUGUCUGUCUGCCUGUGGGCUCCUCAGUCUCGUGCCCUGUCCCGGACACUGCCUGCAGGCUCAAUGACGGCCUCGAACGGCGUUGCUUGCUGUAGAGUGACGCAGCUGGGGCAGCUUACACGCUGGCUGCGCGAGCGCGACGUGGCAGAGCCAUAAUAACUCUUCUGUUCUGUUGCGUCACAGCCUAAUGCCUGUGUGUGUCUCUUUAUAGCCGGUCGGUGUGGCCGAGCGGUUCUAGGCGCGUCAGUCUGGAACCGCGCGACUGCUACGGUCGCAGGCUCGAAUCCUGCCUCGGGCAUGGAUGUGUGUUCUGUCCUUAGGUUAAUUAGGUUUAAGUAGUUCUGAGUUCUAGUGGACUGAUGACCUCAGAUGUUAAGUCCCAUAGUGCUCAGAGCCAUUUGAACCAUUUUCUCUCUUUAUAAAUACAUUUUUUGUAUAUAAAAUUGUAAUUAUUUGCAUAUGAAUUUGCUUUGCUACAAUUAUUGCAAAGUAAAGAUUACUUCACU